UAAAUGGUAAACUUUCAAACGUUUUUGCAUUUAAGGUGAGAAGUAAGAAAGGUGUAGGUCCACUGGCAAGUUCCGACAAACGCUUUAAAGAUUCCGUAGCUGUAAAAAUCCCGUCGCCCAACAAAUACAACGUGUCCCAAAAAAUAGAAGUGAAACCUUCCACGGCACCUUUUGGAAUAAAGGCUAAAAUAGUUCGAAUCUCUGCUAAUGACAUUCCAGGUCCAGCCACUUAUGACAUCAGAAAGCUUCGAAAAUGCCGCAGGACCAGAUUUUCCAGUAAUUUUGGUAGACCGAAAUUGAUGUAUACGGUGGAAACGGUAUGCGUACCGGUACCAACUGAUAAAUGCCGGAAAUGCAAUACGGUUUGUCAGGGAGACUAUUGGCAUCUGGAUUACACGCAGUUCCUCUGUUCAUCGUGCUGGAAUGCAGAAAAGUACUUAGAGUUAUUAAGUAAAGACGAUCUUCAAAAAAUGAAGAAAAUUCGAAAUUGCGCAUUUAUGCAUAAUCACGAAGGUACCAACGCGGCAGAGAUUAUCUUAUCGCCAGAAGCGACUAGGAAGAAAAUUUACCUAGAAAAUUAUCUAGAUUUGUAUAUGAAAUGCUAAAAUUACAGAAGAAACUUUAUUAGGUAAUAA